GCGCGACGUUCUGACCGGACGCCUCUCGCGCCCAAUACGCCGUUUGUUUACGUCUUGGAAGUCUUUCCUUUCAUCGGCGCUGGGGACAUCGGCACCUUGGUUGUUCACCGACGACUUCGGUUCUCAAUAUUGCACCCAUGUCCGAAUUGGACUCCACCGACAAUGCGGAAUUCUCGCCAGCCGAAGUGGGCGACGGGGAGGGCGACCGUCCCGGCGGUCUCCGUCGAGCGGCAUCGACAUCGCCCCUAGCAGUGCGCGUCCAGCAGCCGGCACCGCCGUCGACCGACCCGGACGAAGACACACGUUGGCUCUGGUACUUGUUCGCCAGCUGCAUGGUGCUUGCUGUAUUUGCCCUGGGCGUGGCCUUGUACGGGCUGACGCGGACGGACCGCAAAGCACACGGAUUUUGGAGACCGCUUCAAGCGCCCGCUGCCCAACCGACGCCAGCGGAGGGGCCCGCGCCACGCGAGCCAACAUUCGAGCCACCACCAUACGAAGACGUCACGGUUACGAAAGAAUUCGUUCCUCUGGCAGCCAACAAGCGGGUGCCUGUGGUGUGCACCGUGAGCAACGCGUUCGGCGCCGACGGCGUACUCCCGGCGGACGGGGUGUGCGACGCGCUCUUCUACGACUCGCUCUACCGCGACGACCGCAACAAGCUGCCCGGACCCUACGACGGAGGCCUCGAACGCUUCCUGGACCUGGGCCGAGCAAUGCAGUACACGGGUUUCGGCGUCUCCUUCGACGUGCUUAUGGACGUUCGCAAUUUCGACGUGACAUCGCCCAGUUUCACGUCCGGCAUCGUCGAGCUGUGGAACAGAGGAGUGAGCCACUUCGGCGCACUUCGGGUGUACGGUACCGGAAACGGAGAGGAUGACGUCAUCAAAUUUCUGUACUUCCUGCAGGCGGUAGAAAAGAAGAUCCAGGAGACAAUGACUGACAGCCGUCCCUAUUACACGGUCAUUGGCGUGAGCUACCAUCCAGAUGCUUCUUACGAAAAGGUUAUACAGCAUAUGAAGAAGGUCUUCAAGCCGUUCAUAUACGUCGUCGUAAUUCACGUCCCCUACCUGGAUAAGGAGCUCCCGACGUGCCUUAUUCUGCCCCCGACGUUGCUGGAGAACCCGGCGGAAGCCACCUCAUCCAACCAGCCGUCUGUGAUGGAGGCGAUGCGCCACGUCGAGCGCAUGCGCGGCCACGAGCUUCACCUGCCGGUGACCAUCUCGUUCACGCUGCGAGCCCGCAUCUACAGGCCAGCGUCCGUGCGUAGCACUUCCUUCUACGAGCCGUUCCAGAAGUGCCGGGACUACAGCGGCGACAGCGACGUUUCGCCGGCGUCGGUUUGCAAGGGUCAGUACGGCUCAAACUUCAACUACUUCAAAGACGGGGAGUCCGCCUUUGCCUUUGAUACACAGCAAGAACUAACAAUCACGUACGACACGGAUAUAACGAUCAGAACAAAGGUCUGCAGGGCAAAGCUGGCCUACCCGAACGUGCCGUUCGGCAUCGCCGCCUUCGACAUCAACCUCGACGUCGCAGACUCGGCAUGCUACUCGUUGCAGAUCGAAGCCGGCAAUUUCACCCGGCUCAAGGUGCUGAGCAGCCUGAACGACUACAUCUCCGGAUACCACUGGAAUUUCGAUCAGUGCAUGAACUCAAUUUGAACAGCCCCGCGGCGUUUUUUCGUCGCAGGAGUAAUCAGACUUAUCGCAGUGCCCACGGCAAGGCACUGACGGUGUUAUAAUAAAUAUUCGGGCACUUUGAUUUUCACAA